AUGGAACCCAGCAGACAGGAGAUCGUAGCGGCUGCACAGCUGCUGCGGCGUGCCGCGGCUACCCAGAGCAUCAAUGGUUUCGCACCAGCGGGACCAGCGCCUUCGCCUGACAACUGGCGGCCUCAUUUCACGCCGCAGUACCCCUCCGGCAGCCGAGAGCAGCUGUACGCGUCUGCCUUGGACCUGUGCUUCCACUGCGGCGAGAAGGUCAACGUCCCGGGCAAGCCGCGGAUCCCUGGCGCGCAUGAUCGUGGACUGCACAACUGCCCGGUGAAGAUGGCCAACGGCAUGCCUACGCCCAUCGUCGUCCCAGACGCCUGGACGCCUCCCCGCAAGCCCGGGUUCAACUGA